AUGGAUCUUUCAAAGAAUGAAUUUUCAAACACAUUGUUUUUCAAUCUUACAAGACCAUUCCCAGGUGUUCUAGAUUUUGUGUUUUCAUUUUAUGACACAUUGAAUCAAGGUCCAAGAUUCAAGACAAAGUUUGAUAUCAACAAAAAUCUGUAUUGUAUUGAUUUCAAUGUUUCAUCGAAUUCUGUUGAUGGACCUAUUAUGUUUAUUUUAUCAAACUUCUAUAGUUUUCAACUUUCAAAUUUUACAUUUUAUGUUAUUAAUUCACCUAGUCAUUCCUUCCAACCAGAAAUAAUAUCUAUUAAAGCUUUCCCAUCAACAGCUAUCAACACUGACGGUCAAAAUCAAUUCCAACUUGGUUGGAAUGUCACAAUUUUGAAUGAACCAUUGGGAUUUACUUUUGGAACUUUCGAAAUCAUUUCAAAUUUGGACUCUCUUCCACGAAUUAUUAAAAUCAAUGAAUUCAACAGAAUCAAAGGAAAUGCUCAAAAUGGAACCUAUACAGUGUAUACAACGAUUGCAACCAAAUGUACUUCUCAAAACUUUACAAUCAGAUCUAUUUCUCUGUCCGAUAGCAAGAUCAAAUAUAAUCCUCUUUCAACUAUUAUUGGAACUCCAGAUGAAACUGAAUUAAUGAUUCGUCUAAUUUGUCCAAAUGUUCUUGAUACAACACCACCAGUUAUCACUGAUUUUUCAGUUACACCAUCUGUCAAAGUUUUCUCAUUGGACAGAAGAGUUCAAUUCACUUUAUCAAUCUCAGAUGAAAGUGGAACAGGAAUUUCAUUCAGACAUUUACCAUAUUUACUAUUAGCAUCUGAAAAUGGUGACACAAAAGAAAUACCAUCGUUAGGUUUUUCAUAUGUGAAUGAGAGUUUUGAAAUAUUCGAUGGAUAUUCAGAUCUACCAUAUGGAUUUGGAUUCAAUAAUAUCACGAUUUCAAUUUAUGGAAUUGUUGAUAAUCGAUUGAAUUAUGCAUCCUAUUUGACUUCCGAUCUAAGGUUGCUUGGUAAAUCAUAUCGUAUCUUCAGAGAUAUUAGUGUUAAACAUCCUUAUCUUGUUAGUUCCACUCCAAUUCUAUCAUUAGGUGGUCAAAUCGGUUUAUUUGGUGCUGGUUUUGGUUCUAACAGAUCAGAGAUCAAAGUUUUGGUUGACUUUAAAGAUGGAAAGAAUUUCCAACUCAUAGACACCGACUUUUUAUCAAAUGCUUAUUUAAACUUAAGUUUAUCAAGGUUCUUCCAGUCUUCGAUUGAUGUACAAGUUUUCAGAAAUGGAUUGAGUUCUAAUAUUCUUACUGUGAAUGUUUCAGACUACUCUACUCCACAACAACCAACUCCGACACCAAAUAUUACAACAACACCGAAUACAAAGACAUGUCCAGGUAAUCCAAUUUGCAACAACAAAGGAAAAUGUAAUCUUCAGACUUUGGUUUGUGAAUGUAUUCCAAUGUGGUAUGGUCCAUCAUGUGCAUCUGAAAUCAUCAUAAUUCCAACACCAACACCACAACCACAACCAACAUCUGAAACAACUUAUGUUUAUGAUUCAAACAAUAUCACAUCAGUUGUUCAAGUGAUUGCUGUGAGAGAAUUGGAUGAUAUUUACAAUGUUGUCAAUGAAUAUCAAAUCUCGAAUUGGACAUUAACAAUUGCAGAUCCGAAAUUAAUCACAAUUCCAACAUAUUAUUAUCAAACACAACUUGGAAACACCUCAACAACAUUGAAUGUCACAAUCGAAUUCUUUUCGAAUCAAACCGAAAGACAAUUUGGUGGUCAAAAUAUAUCGAUUUCACCAUCAUCAAUCAAAUUCUCAAUGUCAAUUGGAAGAUAUCAAUUCCAAUCAAAAACAAAUUAUCUCCAAGUUGUAAUGGCAGCAACCAUUCAAGGUUCUGAUGGAUCAUGUUCAUCGAAAUCGAUUGGAUCUGGAAAUGAUAACAAUGUUCGAUGGAUCAAAAUGAAUAUUGACAAAACAAGUCUUUAUGGAAGAUUCAUCACCUAUGGUAUCAUUGAUGGCAAUGUCCGAACCAUUGAGAAUCGACUCAUUGAUGAUGAUAAUGAAACAGAAACUUCACAAACCAGAACAACCAAAGUUGGUAUUACAAUUCCAAACUUUGAUGAUUCCGUUCUCUUGGAUCCUGACUUUUCGAAUCUCAUUGACGUCAACAACGAUUCCAAUGAGAAUGAAAUCUGUCAAUCAAAAAAGAAACUCAGUGAUGGUGCAAUUGCUGGAAUCGUCGUUGGUUGUGUCGUUGCCGUUGCAAUUUUAGUUGGUGUCACUCUCUACUUGAGAAAGAGAGCCAAAUAUAACAGAGAAAAAUUAAAAAUGUCUCAAAAAUUAAAGAAAAAUGAAUAG